CCACAAAUACAAAUCUUCAAACAAGCAACUGAAAAAAAGCUCAAGAGCAACAACAAAUGUAAGUAAAGUAUUUAUAUAUAGCAUCUUUCAUAGAUAUAAAAUCACGAAGUGCUUCACAAUAAAAGCAAGAAAAGUUUAACAUACAAUAAAAAGCAUAUUAACAUGAUAGAUAAAACAAGGUAUUAUACAUAACAUAAAAAUGUCUAUUAAAUAUAUUCCAAACCGUGUCAAAACUAUAUGUAAUAUGAUUUUUUACAGACAAAUGUGCGAAAGAUGAAGGCAACAAAACUGAAAAAAAAAUGUAUUUUUUUUCAUCUAAUUGGCAUCAAUGGGCUUCCAUAUUCAUUAAACGUUCAUUGGCAUGAACAUAAACAUUUAAAUGUACCAAAUGAGCUCAGAAAGUGAGUAUGACAUUCAAAAACAUCAGGGCUGUUAGUGACACAUUCAACUGUGAAACUGGGCAUUAUCACCAUAUUUUGCCCUGAAGCACCCCCACUUAUGGUUUUUUUCCCUCUCUUGAUGUUAGUAGGCUACUUUUUUUUUUUUUUUUUUUUUUUUUUUUUUUUUUUUUUUUGCAGCGGUGGCGACAGAGAGCUUCAGGAACAGAGAUUGGCCUUUUUCUGAGCUACAUCCCGUUAUUCUGGGCGGAGAGGAGGAGGAGAGAGAGACAGACACCCAGAAGCACCACUGCUUCCCUGUUCUCACCCUGUAACCGCUCUGUGAGCGCGUUUCACGCAAAGAAACCCCGAGGAGAGCGGAAAAACGGGCAUAUUAUUUUAUAUCCUGGAUUAUAUUUUACAUUCUUACAGGUUUUGGAUUCUGCCUCCAUCGGUUUGGCUUGUUAUUCUGCAUGCUCUCCUUGAGGAGUGAUCUCCUUUUGUGUUUCUCUGCAGCUUUUUUUUUUUUUCAUUCACACCAACUUCUGCCUCCUGGUUCAGCAGAGGGGGGUUUGUUUCUGUUUUCUGGUGUCGUCCUAAACGGAAUGAAUGACAAAAACAAAGGAGGUUGAUGUCCACAACUCUCCGGCUCACGUCUUCUUCGCCUCGCCCAAAGAACGGAGACUCCAUCUCCGGCAGAAGAUGGAAAGCGGAGGCGGGACGGAGAGCUCGGACGGCGGCCAGACGCAGCACGCGGUGCCCGGCCAGCCGCCGCCGACACCCCGGGCUGGAGCUGCCGAGCUCGGCGCGGUGCUUCCCGCUCAGCCGACGGCCGAGAAGAAGAGGAUUAACCGGGCACCAUCCCCUGCCAGACCGAAGGACGUGCCCGGGUGGUCGUUCACAAAGAUCCGCGGCGGGAUCGGGACCCCGACCCUGAGCGUCAAGCCCGGAGCCAUCCAUCUGGGGAGCCGCAUUUCCAGGCGCAGCCCCGUGGGGAGCCUCGCUGGGAAGGACAGUAAAACGGAUAGAAGCGGCGGGAAAACGACGGGCAAAUCGUCCCAGUCCGGCGGCGUGUUGUCCAAGUCCUCCAAGGCGGCGAAGAGCGCCAGCGGGCGGAGGAAGGUGUCGGACGCGAGCAGCGUUGGAUCCGAUGAUCUAUCCAAGGACUCCGGCUGCGCCGCCGGGAAGCUCUCUCCGACCGACAGCAGCUCGGAGCUGUCGGACUGCGCCUCCGAGGAAAACAAACUCUCCGCAGACGCUGCGAGCAGCGACGCCGAGUCGAGGAGCAGCCGUGGUCCGGACUCAGAGAAGCCGCUCAGGGACGUCUCUCUGGCGGACAAAGCUUGCCAACAAGCCGCCUUUAGGACCUCCUGCUCCUCCGCCGAGAGAACCGACAAGGACCGACUCUCUCUGAGCGCGGAGGCCGGGGAAGGGAGCACCUCCCCCGGCGAGGAGCGGUCGGUCACCUCGAUGGAGAGCAGGGUUCCUGCCAGCACCUCUCUGGCUUUCUCAGACCUCACAGAGGAGUUCACGGACGGCAUGUAUGAGGAGUACCUCAGGGAAAUAGAAGAGCUCAGAUCCGAGAAUGAUUACCUCAAAGAUGAAAUGGAGGAGUUGAGGUCGGAAAUGCUGGAGAUGAGAGACAUGUACUUGGAGGAAGAUGUUUACCAGCUGCAGGAACUGCGGCAACAGCUGGAACAGGCCAACAAGACCUGCCGGAUCCUGCAAUACCGGCUGAGGAAGGCAGAGCGGCGCUCACUCCGAGUGGCCCAAACGGGGCAGGUGGAUGGAGAACUGAUAAGGACGCUGGAGCAAGACGUGAAAGUGGCAAAAGACGUGUCCAUCCGUCUCCACAGCCAGCUGGACAGCGUGGAGAAGAAGAGGGGUCUUCUUGAGCAGGAGAAUGAAGAAAUAAGAGUCAGACUGCAGGAUCUGGAGGUGGCCAAGCAAGUGCUGCAGCAGGAGGUUGACAAGAACUCCCAGAAGAAAAGAGGAGCACGAACCAGCAACAAACCUGACAAGAAGCCCGCCCCACAGGAGGACAGCUCGGACCUGAAGUGUCAGCUCCACUUCGCCAAAGAGGAGUCGGCUCUGAUGUGCAAGAAGCUGAGCAAGCUGGUGAGGGACAGCGAGGCCAUGAAGGAGGAGCUGGCCAAGUACCGGUCACUAUACGGAGACGUCAACGCCUCGCUGACCGUGGAGGAGGUUGCUGACUCCCCGCACACCAGGGAAGCAGAGAUCAGAGUUCACAUGAAGCUGGUGGAGGAGGAGGCCAACCUGCUGAGUCGGCGCAUCGUGGAGCUGGAGGUGGAGAACAGAGGCCUCCGGGCGGAGAUGGACGACAUGAAGGGAACACAAGAUGGACCUCAAGAUCUCACAGGUAUCGGCGGUAGUCCGGUGGCAGGGCUUGGUCUCACGGGAGGGGCCUCGGUGCUUGGGGGCGGGGCCACGUCUGAAAACGUCAUGGAGCUCCAGAGACACCUGCAGUUUGUCGAGGAGGAAGCGGAGCUUCUGCGACGGUCUCUGAUCGAGAUGGAGGAGCAGAACAAGCUCCUGAUGAACGAGAUCAACCGCUACAAGUCCGAAUUCCCCCCGGCGGCGUCCACCACGUCGUCCCACUCGCUCCUGUCCCUGACGGACGGGCUGCUCCACGACGGCCCCCCGCGCUCCAUCCAGGACGGGGCGGUGCUCAUCAGCACGGACGCCCCCGCCCACGAGGAGGAGCUCCGAGCGGCCAGGCUUCAGGUGGGGGAGCUGAACGGGAAGGUUAAGAAACUUCAGUACGAGAACCGCGUUCUUCUGUCCAACCUGCAGCGCUGCGACCUCGCCUCCUACCACGCUCCUUCCUCCUCCUCCUCGUCGUUAAGACUCGCUCUGGAGACGGACGCAGAGGCAGGAGACUCAGCCGAAUGUCUCCCGUUCAGCUCGCCGCAUCGCAAGGAGCCCGUGGGCGGAGAGAACGAAGCCAUGGAGGUCGACGAACAGAGAAAGCGGCUCGAGGACAACGCCGACCCAGCGACUUCGCUCCCAGGGUGCCUGGGGCAAAAGGACCGCGAUGCCUUGCUGGCCAUGAGGGACCAGGCUCGUUUGGUUUCCACGGCCAUACAGCUCCUGACCUCCCCCGAGUCCAACUGCCUGUCCUCGGCCCCUUCGUCGUAUCACAAGGCCUGCAACGAUGACGCCGCAGAGCCGUGUGAGAAAGCUCAGCCGCACUGCCAGAUUUCCGAGCUGUCUGAUUUGACGGACCGCCCUCUGGUGGGCGCUCUGACCAGCAGGCUUCAGGCCCUGCACUCCCAGCUGCAGGCCUUUGUGGAGCAGGUCGACGCCCUGGGGAAAGCUCCGUCGGGUGGGAGGGACGCUCAGGUGGAAGGUGCGUCCCCUCCUCCCUCCCCCCGCGCCUCCAUCCCCUGCUCCGGGGACGGCCAGGAUCAGGAGAACAGAGAGGAGGAAAAGCAGCCCGAUUAUAGGGACCAAUCCGAGCCAGAUGUGAGCGAUGAAACUAAGGAGAAUGGCCAAUCUGUCAGCAGCGAGUCGCAAAAUCAGGAACGCAGCCAGAUGGAGCAGGAGACGGAGGCAGCUCAGGCUUUGGCCAGUGUCCAGUUGUCCAAAGCAGAGGAGUCAGAAACUCAGGAGGAGCUGGAGAAAGAGAGGCAGAAUUACAAAGACAUCAGUCUCAAACUUUUACAGCUCCAAGAGGAGCACCAGAAGGCCUUACUGCGACGGGACUUCCAGCUGCAGAGUCUGGACCUCCAGGCUCGGCUCCAGCAGAAGCUGUGGAACCAGGAAAGGACUCUACUGGUCCAGGAGUCCCAGCACCUCAAACAGGCUCUGUUACUGCUCAGCCUCAAACUCCGCUGCUUCCUCAAACAGUGGAGGCUGGGCUGCAAGAAGGACGCAGAGUGGAAGGACGUUUUAGAGAUGAACAGCCUGAACGACCUGUACGUGUUGUUGGAGGAUGACAACCUCUCCGGCCCCGCGACCCAAAUGGACAAGCGAGAUUCUGCAGAUGAGCAACCACUCAGUCCAACUAUAAAGUCGAGUGCUGUGAGCAGCACCUUGGCAGACCUGAGGGUUGCGCUGCAGGAUCUGAGUGCAGAGUUGAGACAGGAGAGACAAGGCUCCCAGGAGCUCACCCAGCAGUUUGCCAAGGCCAAGGCAUCUUGGGAAGUGGAGAGAACCGAGCUGAAGAGCCUCAUCACGCAGCUUGAGAGCAAAGCAGGCAAAGCGACCCUGUCUUCCUCCGAAACGCCGGACCCCAUCGACCUGAAGGUGGCGCUCAAAAAGGAGCGCGAGGAGCACCAGCACCUCCUCGCUGAGUCCUACGCAGCGGUAAUGGACCUAACUAAACAGCUUCAAAUUGGAGAGAGGAACUGGAGCAGGGAGAAGCUGGAGCUGCUGGAGCGGUUCAGUCAGGAGAGAGCUCAGUGGGAGCAGAGACUGAGGGAGGCCACUCAGCAGGAGCUGUCGAAGCUGCCGGCCGAUGAGUCGGUUUCAGACACAGCUGUUGCUAAUGGAUCAGUUUUACCAAGGAUUAAAUCCACAUUAAAAGAGGAGGGCCCAGAUUGCAGCAAAACUGACAGUCAGGAGGAGAAAACGUUUGAUGCGCGCCCCGAGCUCGGUCACAUGACCAGGAAGAACUGGACCUACCUGAGCAACGAGACUCCAGAGAUCAUGGACACGUGUAAAACCUGGGACGGUCCCAGCGGCUCACACAGCAGCUCGGUCGCAUCUCAGCUCGACGCCGAAUCGGUGCGGCGGAGCUACACGGCUCCCGAUCGCACCGGCAUCCGCAUCUACUACAGCCCUCCGGCCGUGAGGCGCACGGAGCACCGGAGAAAUAACCAGGACGCCACAGAUCCUCAUCACGUCCAAACUGGCAGCUUCUCUCUGGAACGCGACGCUGGUUUGCCGCCCGCCGCCGACUGUCAGCACCAACAGCUCGCGACCUCUUUGACCUCUUCCUAUGAGCAGUGGCUGAGCUCGCUGUCCCAGCAGCACCGGGAGCUGCUGGAGAGCAGAAGCAGCUGCAUCUCCAGUUCCAUGCCCAGCAUUAUUAUCAACAGCGUGAGCAGCGGGACUGCUAACAGAGUGGUGGACGGGAUCACGUCCACGUCUCCGUUCCACAGCCUGGAGAUCGGAGAGAUUUCGGCCAACCUGAGCGACGACAUGAAGGAAAUGACCAACUGCGUCCGUCAGGCCAUUCGCUCUUCUUCUCUGGAGAGGAAGUCCAGCAAGGAACCUGGGACUCAGCCUGUUGGUGUUUGCACCAGGUCCACACAGACUGCAGCUCAGUCCGUCAGCAUCGGGCUACAAACUGAGACCUUUCCCAGCAGCAGAGGGACAGCACUACAAUCCAAAGCUUGGUCUCCCCGCCCGUCAUCGACAACCUCCUCCUCGCUGGCGUCGGCCCGAACUCGUCAGAUCUCGACAUCUCUGGAUAAAGUUCACAGCCGCAUCGAGAGGCCGUGCUGCUCGCCCAAGUACGGAUCUCCAAAAUUACAGCGCAGGGUGUCGUCCGGCUCCACCUCCAGACUGGACGGGGCGUCCUCCAGCAGGGACCGCAGCUUGUGGAGCCUCCAGCAGAGGCCCAUAGGUGGGGGUGGGGGCUCUGCGUGGGCCCGCUCCACCACCACGAGGGACAGCCCCGUCCUGAACGGCCUCACCGACGGCCUCUCCAGCCUUUUUAGCGUGGUGGAGCACUCUGGUAGCACAGAGUCACUUUGGAGGGCUGAAAUGGGACCCAGUCAGACUGCCAGCCCAGCUCGGCAGCAUCCCGCUGCAGGAAAGCCCUCCGUAGCUGCAGUUUGUGGAUCGGACCCCAGCUCUCAGAAGUACGGAGGACUGGUACAGGAGUUCUUCCGCAAUGUCUGCAGCAGCCGUAGCCCAGGAGGAGUCGCCGUGCCUGGGGAGAAAGCUCAAAGAGACUCCCUCGCCGGCCUCGGAAGCGUGGGCGUUCCGGCUGGGUUCGGCGGCCUGGAUGAAUCCAAGCUGGACUGUGUUUCGGCGGGUGUGGGCGCUCUGUCCGGGCUAGGUGGGAGCAAUGACAGCGUGACCCGAAUUGUUAACAAGAGGCUUAUGAGACAGACAGCUGGGGAGGAGAUGAUCAGCAUCAUGGGAGGAGGGAAGGAAACGAGCAUCGCCGCGGCUGCAGGAACAACGCUGGAGGAUGCACCCUGCGACUGCGCCGCCCAGUCCUCCUGCUUCGCCCGACCGUCCAGAGCAGCUGCUCGCCACUGCAAGCAUCGUCCGCAAGAGUCUCCGGCUCCGACGGAGGAGAAAGGAGACGUCUGUAACGAGUGAUGUCCCCAUUAAAAGACGCACAUUUACUUCUUACUGCCACGAAGAAGCUUCUCAAACCAGAUGUACACACACACACACCUACCACACAGGCGCACUGCCAAACCCAACACACACACUUAUUUGUUGAGCGCACACAGCACCGACUGCCUGACAGACCCACUGCCACCUACACAUUCAUUUUCACACUAAUUAACUCCUGAUGCCAAGGACUGAUCCAACAUCACAAAACUACCAGCAGAUCAGAAAAUAGACACGUUCCUCCACUACAAACUAAUCAAUACUUACUAUGUGCUGAGGAGACUCAAAUGAUGAUCUUAAAUCAUGAUGUCAGGACUGAAUAAAACAAAACACAACAUAUUAGGUACAAACAGUUCAGAUCAUCGUCGUUGCCAUAAGUCAGGUUUAUAGACAUUUAAAGUUGUAAUGAAACUUUGGGAGCUAUGAAACUUGUAGUAGCUGUAAAAUGUUUUACUUUGAGACAGAAGCUCUGAAACUUUCCGUCUUUGAGAUGUAAGAUGAUCUACAGAGUGAUGAACUACGUAGAAACACAAAUGAUGUGCUGGAAAGUCACGCUGCUUCGAUUGCUUUUGCACAAAAACGCAUUCCAGCCUUGAUCACACAUCGCAGACGGAUAGCUCACAUCGUGUCCUCUGUUAGUUCACCAAACCAAAACUGUUGGGUUGGGUCUCCCAGCUGGACCAGGCUUUGGAUUUAAAUGAUCUAAUGGCUCUAAAACGAGACCAUAAAAUGAUCUCAUUUAUAAGCAAAACCAAAAACGGCCAAAAAUCUGUUUUGGUUGUUUUUAUGUAAGAGUACACUCUGCUCUUUGGAGGGUUUGACCACAGAUCCUGGACCUUUUGAUAGUUUUGAAACCAUCAUUUAUAAAAGUAAGAAACUUGAUUUCAAAAGCAGAUGGUGAUGUCAACAUUAUUCAUAAACCUUUGAAUAAUAUAUCAAUGAAGACAUGUCCACACCCAAAGUUGACAUAAAAUAACUUGUUUACACACAUUGGCGAUUUUUCCUUAUUCAGGUCUAAUUGGGACCAAUAUGCUCAGACUUAGAGGUAUUUUUAGCGUUUCGGAGUACCGGAUCUGAAAAACUUAAACUGCAUUCCGUUUUUGUUAUACCACACGGCGGACAUUUGUUUAAAAACUUGACUUUAGUGCAUCUGGAGCCUUCAUUCUUUUUAUUUUAUUUUAUUUUUAUUUAAGUACACGAAGGAAUUCGUUAUGAUGUUUUGGUAGAGAAAAGCUCAAACUGAACAGUUCAAAACUUAAAAAAACGUAGCUUCAAUGUAAACUUUUUUUUACAGGUCGGGAACAUUUGUAACUGUUUAUCUGAAGUCUGAGUGGUUAAAACACCAAAAGAUUUACCUAAUUCAAAAAAAAAUAGAUAAAGGAAUUUUUUUAACUUAAUUAAAUAUUCAAACUUUAAUAUUUAACACUGGACCAGAUAGCAAGCAUUUCAGGUUAAUGUCUGGCACAACUACUAGAAUGCAAGGUUUAUUAGUUAGCUGAAACGAUGGAGAGCAUCAUAAACAAAUCAAGCGUCUCUGAUUCAGUUGCUUUAUAUGUCGUCGUUUUUCCUGAUUAAUGAACGUAUCAAAGUGCCUGUUAGACUGUCUGUUAGCUCACACUGAAAGCCAAACAGCCUUUACAACCAACCUGUCCUAAAUUCACAAUAAAGUACUGUAUCACAAUGAAGGAGAAAUGCUAUAGGAAGACAUAGUAUGCAUUACCUUUUUAUAACGAGAGUUUUAAUAUUGUAAUAUUUUCUUUGUUUUAGCCUGGUUUUUGUUUCUAGUUUGUUAUCUUGGUGCUACUUGGUGUAAAAAAAACCUGCUGUGUGGGCUUGUUGCCCUAAAACAAGGAAUCCACUCGUCUGUGUACGAGUAGCAGUCCAACACACAGUUUGAUGACUCAGCAGUUUAAAAUAGGGCAUUACAGUAACAGUGUGUGUGUUUAAAUAACACGCUGAGGAAAACCCACAGUCUGUCUGUCUGUCUCACCCAGAGUCCAAAUCCAACUGCAUGAAACCAGUGUCUGGUCUGGGUCCUACAGGACUGGACUCUCUGAUGUAAAAAUAAAAAAUAGAAAUCACCGCAGAUAAUUUUUUUUUACCCAAGCAGUCUGGUUCAUUUAAUCACAAAAUACCAGGUAUUACAAACAUUUCCAAGAAACUGAAGCUACCACUGCUUUUUUAUUUAUUUAUUUAUUUUGUAUUUGCAGUCAAAAGCCAGAUUUGAAGAACUAAAUUCAUCUUAACGCAGGUUUAAGUAAAACAUUUUUUAAGUAAUAAAAAUUAACACAAAGGAAAAUGCCAAAAAAAGACACUGUGUUUGAUGUUAAUAGAAAUAAUAAACAGUUUUAGGAGAAUCAUGAAUUAAAUGGACUUAUUAAUGAGUUUAUUUGAAAAUGAAUUUGAAGCCGCUACAAUGAUUUUUAUGCUAGGCUACUGAAAGAAAGCUCUGGGUUACAAAGCAGAAAGAAAACAAAAUGAGACUGGUUAAAUUAUUUAUACGAAAAAAAAACACUUUACUCUCACCAUCAGUAUACUAAUCAUGUCUUUGCAGUUAAAUUCUGUUUAUCCAAAUAUGCUUUUGUCAGAUACUAGCAGUCAAUAAGAGUAAACUUAAAGGCACUGCUUAAAUUAUUAGGAAAAACAGGCCUAAUAAUCAGUUUUUGUGAGAAAUAUAUCAGUUAAAUGUCAAUUAAACUUAUGUGGGUCACAAAGUUUUUAUUGGGCUACUUAAAAUAUCUAUCAAAAUACAGUAUAUAAAACAAAAAGAUCUUGAAAAGUUGUGCACAAAAUACAAUGCAGACAGACAGGUUUGGAGCCCUCUGUUUCCACUGGUCUUGCCAGUAGUGAUUCAGUUGUCCCAGUCUCUCCUACCACACAUAAACAAACCACAAUAAUUACCACUGGCACCGUUUGUGGUUUGUAGAUGCUCUGCAGACUUACGUCAGAAAUAAUAAGCCAUUGCUUUGUAUCCGUUCUUGAAACCCUUAAUUUUGCAUUUCAUAUAAACUAGUGACGUGUUUCAACGUCAAAAACACACAUUUUUUGUGUAAAACGGGAAAAAAAACUUGCACAAUGUACAAAAAAUACAUCGUUACACCCCGGUAUGGCAGGGAUUUUGAUAUAUUUUACCUGGUUAACAUGACUUCAUGUAUUUUUGUUUUUCUGAUCACAUGUAUGAAACUCUGGGCAGAAGGUUUACCAAAUUCUGUUCUACCUCUGACAUCAUUAAACACAAACCACAUCUUUUUGUAUAUUAAUCAUAACAAUAUUCAAUUAGUUGCAAACAAAGUCAUUUUUCCCCCCAAUUUCAUAAGUCUAACCUGUACACAUAAAGGCCACUUUAGUGCCUUUCCUCUUAAAAAAAAGUGUCUUGUUUUUAUUAAAAUGUCUAAUUUAUUGUAAAAUAUUUGACACAUUAUUAUUGUUACAAACAUCGAAUUAUUUACAUCAGGAAAUUGUUUAAAUGUUGUCAUUUUUUAAUGUGCAGCUGUUUUUAAAAACUUCUUGUGUAGCUAAUGAGUAAAAUAUGAGACGAGAUUGGAGGGUGGCAUUUCUGUGAUGAAAAUAGAAAUUCUAAUAGUGCAUUUUGAUUCAAUGUCUUUGAGCUGAAACCAUGAAGUACUUUAGACCAGUGGUUCCCAAACUUUUCAGCUUUUGACCCACAAAAUACCAGCAGCAGAGACCUGAGA